AUGUAUAAUAUACUUAGAGUUAAAAAUGCUUUCAAGUAGAAUCGAAAUAAAACACCAUAAGAAUCUGCAAAUCAAAGGCAGAAUAGUUAAAGUUUUUAUGAUUAAAGGUAAAAAUUUUGAUUGGAAUUUGAAAGCAAUUAUUCGUUGAGUGUGACAAAAAGUAAGACGAAUAAUUCAACUACAAUAAAUACAAUAAAUAGAACUAUUAACUCUUUUUAUCUUGGUCCAAGAAGAGAGAAAUUAUAAUCCUAUACAAUAGAGUUAUAAAAAACAAUGGAUGUUGAUUUUGGAAAUAAAUAAAGAACAGGUUUUAGGGAGAGUGGCAGAUUAAGUAGAAAAUUAGUAUGUUAUUUAUAAUAUGUUAAGCAUACAUCAUAUGGACCAUAAUAAUAAAGGCCGAUAUCUCAUAGUAAAUCUGUUAUAUAUGGCAAAAAAGAAAUGGAAAAUAAUGAUGAAUAAAUAUAAGAGUAUGAAUGUUUAUAAUUAGAAAUAUAACUAUUAUUUAAUAAGGUUUGAUUUAGGAACCAGAUAAACCAUUAAUAAAUUCAAAUGAAGAAUUGAGUAAAAUAAAGGAACAAGUUAAUUCUAUGUAUAAGAAUUUAGAACCAGAUACUAUGGAAGUAGAUUAAUGGGAUUAUUAGGUAGAUUAUGAGAAAUUAGAACUUAAUGUAUUUAGUUUGGAUGAAUUAAGAUAUUUAAUUUAAGAAUUUGAAAAGGAAGAAUAUGAAAGAAAUUAUUUGACAAUGGAUAAAAUUUUAUUGAAAAAUAAGUUUUUUUAAAGAUUUGGAUAGGGAAUCAGGAUUGGAAUAAUGGAGAAAGCAUCUAUGGAAAUUCAUGAUGUUGGAAAAGUAAUUCUACAAUUAGGUGCUAAUAGCAAUAAUCUUUAUGUUAUUCUUAGAGGUUCUUGUUAAUAAACAUUGACUAUGGAUAUAUAAUUAUAAGAAUAUGAAUAUUUGACAGUGUAAUCUUAUUUUGAUGGUUAAGAUUUAUCAGAAAUAAAUUUAUUAUAAUUAAAUAAUAGUAGGGGAUAUUCUGCAAAUAAAUUUAUAGAUAUGGUAGAGGAAAUUAAAGAACAUCCAUAAUUAAAAGGUAUAUUUAUGUAAAAUAAAUUUGAGAUCUUUUAAAAAAUGAAAGAACAAAAUUAAUAACAAGUCAUAUAUCAUGUGGAGAAUAAACUUAUUUAUUAAGAAUGGAUAAUGAUUAAUUUUAGAAGAUUUUGAAAUAAUCUAUAGAAAAAGAUAAAGAAUUCAAAUUGAGUAUUUUAUCUUAAAUUAGAUUUUUUUAACAUACUUCUGCAUCUCAAUUAUUACAUUUGGUAGCAGAAUUAGGAAUUCAAAAAUAUUUUUAAGGAGAUUGUGUAGUAAGAAAGGGAGAUUAAUUAAAUAGAGUGAUUAUAAUUGCUUAAGGUGAAUUUGAAAUAGUAGAGGAAAUUUAACUUAAAAGGGAAACGAGAAAUUAUUAUUUAGAAAAUAAAUUAAAACCUUUAGUACAUAAGAAAAUCAUAGAUAAGAAUACUAAGCCUAUAUUACCUAGAGAUUUUGCAGAUUAAUCUUUUGAUUUAUCUUUAAAUAACAAUUAAAAUUAAUAAGUUAUAAGAAAUUCAAAAUGCUAUUAAUAUUGUAAUAAAUAAAUUAGAGGUAAAAAUGAAAUUUCAUAUACUCAUUUACAUGUAUUAAAAACAUUAAAGAAAUGUGAUGUGAUUUGUGGUAGAUCAUUAUUAGUAUUAUAUGAUAAUGAAUAUGAUUAAGAAUAGACAAGUAAUGCAAAGUAAUCAAUAUAUAUAUAUAUAUAUAAAUAGAUUAACAGUUGUUGUAAAGAGUGUAUAAGGUAGUGUAUUCUUUUUGGAUGAAAAAAGAUAUUAAAAUCUUCCAGAAAGUUUAUAAAAUCAAAUCUUAGCAGGAUUAAGAUCUAUGAAAGAAUUUGAUGAUUAUGAAAUAGAUCAUAUAAGAAAAUAAAUAAAAACAUGGGAGAAAUAUAAAUAAAAUUUAUAUUAAUAAUUUAUAUUGGAGAAACGAUAAAAUACUUUUAAAACAUACUGA